UGAAGAAAAAACUGGACGAGCUGACAGACCACUCUCCCCUAAACAGAAUGUGAGGAAGAAUCUUGAUUUUGAACCACUCUCCACUACAGCACUCAUUUUAGAGGACAGACCAGCGAACCUCCCUGCAAAGCCAGCAGAAGAAGCUCAGAAACACAGACAACAGUACGAAGAAAUGGUGGUUCAAGCAAAAAAAAGAGAGCUUAAAGAAGCCCAGAAGAGAAAGAAACAACUGGAAGAACGCUGUAAACUGGAGGACAGCAUCGGCAAUGCUGUUUUAACUUGGAACAAUGAAAUCUUGCCCAACUGGGAAACUAUGUGUUGUUCCCGUAAAGUUCGAGAACUAUGGUGGCAGGGCAUCCCCCCGAGUGUGAGAGGCAAAGUCUGGAGCUUGGCAAUUGGCAACGAGUUAAACAUCACCCACGAACUGUAUGAUAUUUGCCUGGCUCGUGCCAAAGAGAAAUGGCGAUCACUUAGCACAGGAGGGGCUGAAGUAGAAUGUGAAGAUGCUGGAUUUUCUGCAGCUGACAGAGAAGCAAGCUUGGAGUUAAUAAAACUGGAUAUCUCAAGAACAUUUCCUAAUCUCUGUAUAUUCCAGCAAGGUGGUCCUUACCAUGACACGUUGCACAGUAUUUUAGGAGCCUAUACUUGUUACAGACCUGAUGUAGGCUAUGUACAGGGCAUGUCAUUCAUAGCAGCAGUAUUGAUCUUGAACUUGGAUACUGCAGAUGCCUUCAUUGCUUUUUCUAACCUUUUAAAUAAACCCUGUCAGAUGGCAUUUUUCCGUGUGGACCAUGGCCUUAUGUUGACUUACUUUGCCGCAUUUGAGGUGUUCUUUGAAGAAAAUCUGCCAAAGUUAUUUGCUCACUUCAAAAAGAAUAACUUAGCUCCAGACAUCUAUCUUAUUGAUUGGAUAUUCACAUUGUACAGCAGAUCGUUGCCGCUAGACUUGGCAUGUCGUGUCUGGGAUGUGUUCUGCCGUGAUGGAGAAGAGUUCUUAUUCCGCACAGCCCUGGGAAUAUUAAAACUUUUUGAAGAUAUUUUGACCAAAAUGGACUUCAUUCAUAUAGCCCAGUUUUUAACAAAACUACCAGAGGACUUGCCUUCGGAAGAAUUCUUCACAUCUAUUGCUGCCAUUCAGAUGCAAAGUAGAAACAAGAAGUGGGCUCAGAUUCUGGCUGCUCUGCAGAAAGAUAACCGGGAAAUGGAAAAAGGAAGUCCUUCACUCAAACGUUAAAACUAUGAUUGCCUCCAGUGACUCACGGGAAAAGAGCUGAAGUGGCAGAAGUAUUGAGUACUGUCUGACGUGUAUGAGCCUGCAAAUCAAAGUGUUCUUUCAGAGUUUUGUUUAGUAGUAGGAUAGCCUUAAAGAGGAGAGAGGAAGAAAGAGGAGAGGGAAAAAAAAAAAAGGAAGGAAUGCAAUUGUGAUAAAACCCUUAUAAGUGAAACCUGGGCUUAGCCUUAAACUUUUAGUGGAAUGAGCAUUUGCUGUGGACAGCGUUACACAUUCUGUAUUUCCCAUGAGGGCAGUGAAACUAAACAAUAUUAAGUGUGGGGUUUUUUUAAAAAAAAAGUUGGUUUCUUUUCUUUGGUGUUUUGAAAAACUGGGCAUUCAGCAGUGUUGGUUGCUUUGAAAGCUGUUCCCCAGUUUCAUUCUUGGGCAGGAUAUAUUUCCCAUACCCAUAACAGUAGCUGGAUCUGGAUUUUAAAUAACUGGUGCUGGAAUUUAUAGUUAUAUGUUGUAAGGACCAUUUCUUU